AUGCCCUCCUUGAAGGAGACCAAAAACAAUUAUAGGGAUGAGGGACCUAAACUCCGAGAAGAGAAACAUUUUACAGACUUCUACGCUGAUCUUGACCAACAAGAACUGUUACCGGUCAUUGUGCCUCCGAUAGAAGAGGAAUUCGACACAAAUAAGGAUGAUAAUGAUCAGAAAGAUGAACAGGUACUGCCGAGGCACAAAGACAAUGAAGACCGCAAAAUUGGUCCUAGGACGCACAUAAAACAGGUCAUCUUUAAGGACAAAGUAACUGUAGAACGAAUUGCGCUAGACAAAAGUCAGGUCAGGUUUAAAAAAUGCAAACUCAGUAUAGGAAGCUUGGUGCAAAGUCCUCGAAUCUCAAGAUCAUACCAAAAAUUUGGUUACAUGACAGCAGCUCCGAUAAACAAUUUUGACGAGACUGUGACACCUUACAUCAAAAGGACGGAUAGUUUUGCUGCACUGAAACCUAAUCCGCUGAAAAAUAUCUCUCGAUACCAGUCAAAUUUCAAGGUCGAAUACGACAUGGACGAGCAAGACGAUCUGUAUCUAAGGUAUCUCAACGAACUCCGCAUACUAGAUCCACGAUACUACCUUACACACGAGAUCUUUGAGAUUGUUAUGAGCGUGCUGGAAACGGAGUGGUUCCAUCUGGAAAAAAAGAUCCCACCCAGAAUACCUACCACUUCUGAGAUUUCGACGCGGGAAACGAGAGCCGCCUGGGCCCACUACGAGAGCUUCGGGUCUGAUGACGGCACUGGCUACGUUGUUGAUCAGCCUUGUGCGGUUUGUGGGUUGAGUGAGUGUGAUAAUUCGAAUGCAAUUGUGUUCUGUGAUGGAUGCGAUGUCGCAGUCCACCAAGAGUGCUACGGUGUGGUGUUCAUUCCCGAGGGACAAUGGUUAUGCCGCAGAUGCAUGAUAUCUCGAAAUAGGAAGAUCAACUGUCUGUUUUGUCCGAGUUACACUGGCGCCUUCAAGCAGACGGAUCGGGGUUCUUGGGGCCACGUUGUAUGUGGACUUUGGAUUCCAGAGCUGUUUUUCGUCAACUCCCACUACAUGGAGCCCAUAGAUGGCAUAGAAUUGAUACCGCGAUCGAGGUGGAAGCUAACCUGCUAUAUAUGCAAGUUAAAAGUUGGAGCGUGUAUACAGUGCUCGAACAAGAGCUGCUUUGCCGCCUUUCAUGUAACGUGUGCCAAAAGAGCCGGUCUUUACAUGGACUUUGGUUCUUCUUCAAUAGUGGAGAUCUCAUCAAACUCAGCUGGACUCACACUACAGAGCUUCUGUGACAGACAUUCCCCCGCGGGCUGGCCGGAUUGUAAAGAAGGUAUCGCAAAGACCAGAAAUUACUUUGCAGCGGCCGAUAGCACUUCAAGCGCUGGGAGUGUAAUCCCCGUAUCUAAAAAGCACAAGUCUGAUUCUAAUACUAAGGGAAAAUGGACGACAAAUCGUGGGACUCCAAUUGCUCCCCAAGUUUUCGCACGGCUGGUGCAAGAAGUGCUGGACAUAUUCAAGGUUGAGAAUAGCUCGAAUCUGUCCACAGAUCUAUGCAAAUAUUGGUCGAUGAAGCGAGAGUUGAAGCGAGGUGCGCCACUCGUAAGAAAGUUUGAUCCAUCAUCCUUUGGUUCUUUUACAAUGGACGAAAUAAACCGACGUGUUGAGCUUGCGGGCGUAUUAUCCAACGACGUGACAAAGCUACAAGAGAUGGCUGAUCUUGUUGUCGAAAGACAAACGGCGUUACAGCUACGUGACGGUGCGGUUCGAAAGGCCAAAGACCUUUAUACUCACCCUGCAAAAAUUGUUGUUCGAGAGUAUAUUUUGAAAAAGAUGAACAACUAUGCCUCCUAUAGAACAUUGAUGCAAGAAAAGAAGACGCGUGAUGCCCUUACUAGUCAACUCCAGAUUCUUUACGACUCUGAAAGCGAGGAUUGUCUCGCACUUUUCGAACAACUCAUGGAUGCCUACUUCAGCGAAAUCGAAUCCGAUGAAAAAGCCAGUCGCAGAAUUAAAGCUGAAGCCAAAAAGUUACAGGCACACGUCCAUGUACUCUUGAAAACCGUUGAUCUGUCUGAAAUUCAACAAUGGUUGACUAAAGAUUUCUCAUCCACUGAUGAUGGCAUAGUUUUCGCUCCAUGGCAGGGAAUCUCUCUAAUGCAAAGACAGGAGCUCGAAACCAUUAAACCACUAUCAGAAACAGAAAACAAAAAGCUGUGGAAGGCUUUAUUUGGAGGAUCGUGA